AUGAUAAUUAUCAUUGAAACAUUAUCUAUUCAAUAUGAUAACCAAAAGAAGAUAUCUCCUCGCCGGCAACUUGCAAAAACAAAUACAAGUAAAGAAGAAACAUUUCCUACAAUUGAUAAAUCACAAACGCCAUCGAAAAUCUCAAUACCUUAUCUACUUAAUAUGUUUCCAGUGUCUAAGGGUCAACAUAUAUUUAAUGGUAAAGGAGAACAAGAAUGGGAAAUACAAAGAGAUACCGAUAUAGAAUUUGUUAUUUUUGGUGAACAGCUACAUGAUGCAGAAAUUUCAUUUACAACUCAUGCUGAAUCAUGUCAAUGGGAACGUAAAAAUAAAAUGUAUAAAUUACAAGUUAAUCAAUCUAGUAGACAUGAACAUAAAUUUGAUCGUGCUUAUGUUACUCUUAAUUUACCUUAUUAUAAUUCAACAUUAUAUUUAUGUUUAACACCAGCCAAUUCUAAUGAAGUACUUCACCAAGGAAAUCAAUCAUUUUUACAAAUUCGUACAACUCGUCGAACAAUACCUAUUUGGACAACUGUAGUUUUUUUAAUAUGUCUUUUAUUAUUAUCUGGUCUUUUUUCUGGAUUAAAUCUUGGUUUAAUGUCAUUGACACCACAUGAUUUAAAAGUUAUACAAGAAGCUGGAACACCAAAUGAUAAAAAAUAUGCCAAACGAAUUUAUCCAGUACGUAAACAUGGAAAUUUUCUUUUAUGUACUAUUUUAUUGGGUAAUGUUUUGGUUAAUUCAACAACAACAAUUUUACUUGAUACAUUAAUUAGUGGUGCAUUAGCUGUUGCUUGUGCAACAUUAGCAAUUGUUAUUUUUGGUGAAAUUAUUCCUCAAGCUAUAUGUUCACGACAUGGACUUAAAGUUGGUUCACAAACAAUUCUUUUAACAAAAUUCUUUAUGUUUUUAACAUUCCCAAUAGCCAAACCAUUAAGUAAACUACUUGAUAUUAUCCUAGGUGAGGAAGUUGGUGCACGUUAUACACGAGAUCAAAUGGGUGCUUUAUUAAAACUUACAACAAGUACCGAUAUUGAAGAUCGUGAAAAAAUUAUGAUGACAGGUGUACUUAGUUUAAAAGGAAAAUGUAUUCGUGGUGUAAUGACAAAUUUAGAAGAUGUUUUUAUGCUUGAAGCAAAUCGUAUUGUUGAUGAUGAACUUGUUUUAAAUGUUUAUGGUUAUGGAUAUUCAAGAAUACCGGUGUAUGAAGGAGAAAAAGAUAAUAUCAUAGGUCUUAUAUAUGCACGUGAUUUUGCUUUACCUGAUACUGAAUCGGGAAAAUUUACUGUUAGAAAUAUAAUGAAUUUUUGCAAACAUCGUUAUGGUGCAUCAAUUACACCUGAUGAUUCAAGUUAUGAUGUAUUUAAUCAAUUUAAAAAAGAACAAUAUCAUUUAGGUGUUGUUGUUGAAAUUGAUAAUACAACUGACAAAGAUCCACGAAAAAAAGCUAUUGGUAUUGUUACAUUAGAAGAUAUUAUUGAAGAAAUGAUACAAGAAGAAAUUGUUGAUGAAACAGAUGUAUUCACCGAUAAUCGCCGUAAAGUUCGUAAUGUACUUUCUCAAGCACCCGAUUUUUCCGUUUUCAUUCGUCAAAAUACAAGUGAAAUUGUAAGCAAAACUUCAGUACAAAUGAAAGUCGCUGUUUUUCAAUUUCUUUCAACAAGUGUUGAACCAUUCAAAGAAAAAUAUAUUUCAUCAAAUAUAUUAAGUCGUUUAUUACAUGUUGAUUUAUAUAAAGAAUAUGAAUAUGAUGAAGAUGAAGCAAAAGCUGGAAAGAUUACAUAUAUAUAUGAAUAUGGUAAACCAGUUGAUUAUUUUGUUCUUAUUGUAAGUGGUAAUGCUGAAUUAGAAACUGGGAAAGAAAAAAUUGUUAGUGAAAUUGGUUCAUUUUAUUAUUUUGGUGCUAGUGCACUUUAUAGUCCAGAAGAAAAAUUAGAAGAUCUUAUACGUUCGAAAUCGAAUAAAUUUCGCCCAUUUACUCCUGAUUUUAGUUUACGUAUUAGUGAGAAUGUACAAAUUUUACGUAUACGUCGUGUUCAUUGGUUAGCUGCUGUACGUGCAACAUAUUUUGAAAAAAAACAAUUAACUAAUGAUGGACCAUCGCCACUUAAUUCAAAUGGUAAAAAAAUUGAUUUAUUAACGCAAGAAUUAGAAAAAGUUGAUCAUGUUGAUCCAACAAAUAGUAAUGACAAUACAGUAGGAGAAACAAGACGUCAACGAACAUCAUCAUUAGCAUUAACAGUUGCAUCUGAUAGUGGAGUUGAAUAUGAAAAAUUAUUAAUUGAACAUGUCGUAUCACGUGAUUUAUCAAAAUCAAAUCGAAUGUCAUCAGAAAGUACAAUUAAUUCAAGUAAAAAUACACCAACAUUAACAGAUAAACGACGACGAUAUUUAUUUCGUUCAUUAACGACAGCAACAGAACCACCUUCAUUAAAUAAUGAUAGUCCAUCGCCUAAUCAGUCAUUGACUUAA